CCAAUAAACCAUCCCCAAACCCUACUAUACAGGCGUAUAAUUCCUCCCCUUGUUUGCAAUUUUCCGAUUUUGUCGCGUACAUAUAAAUCGUGUAUAAUUCUUGUAGAGUUUCCUAAUUUUUCAGCUCCGACAAAAAUAAUUCGAUUCAUUUUAAUUCGAUAUGGCCGAUCGAUUAUACCGUGAUUUGGAGAUUGCGCUCUCCUCUUUUUCCACCCCGUGCAACGAUGAUUACAAUGAAGAGGACGAGGAGAGCGAGGAAGAGUAUGAGGGGGAAGAGGUCAACGGUGUCGAAAUUGAGGGGAAAUCGGAGGAAUUAGCUUGCCCUUUUUGCUCGGAGGAUUUUGAUGUUUUAGGUUUGUGCUGCCACAUUGAUGCCGACCACCGUAUGGAGGUUAAACCAGGGAUUUGCCCUGUUUGUGCUGUGAAGGUCCGGGUAAACAUGGCUUCACAUGUGAUUACUCAUCACGAGAGUAUAUUGAAGGCUCUCUGCAAUAAGAAGCAUCGUAGCACUCGCUCCCGUUCAUCAAUAUAUCUUCUGAGGAAGGAAUUGCAGGAGAAACAUUUACGCGCUGUUAAGGAGUCUCCCACUGUUGGUUCGUCCUCUAAUGCAGCAGCUGAUUCCAUGCUUUUGUCGUUUGUCAAUAGUCCUCAACCAGCUUACAGGCCCCAAAUAACUGAAGCUGCUACUCCAUCUGAAGCAAGCUUGUCAGGAAAAAGUUCUUAUGAUGACUCUGCUGAGAGAUUUCCACCGUCUCUGUCAACAGACAGGAACAUCGAGAUGGCCAGAAGGUCUGAGUUCGUACAGGGCUUGCUGUUAUCCACCAUACUUGAUGACUUGUAAAACAGCCGGGUAUGCCCAAAGCUUCACUUUUUUGAUGCCUAAUUAUUGACAAAAGGAGGCGAUUGUUGAACUCGUGCACUGACCCGGCUCAUAAUUUAAACCCUAUCUUUCCUGUGCAAUUGAUCAUGAUCGGAGACAACAGUUUCAGUGAUCAGUUACAUGCCGCUCCUUAUUUGAUUCGCUCGGGUGGAAUUGUCCUUAGCUGUUAGUGUAUAGUGUUAAAUAUAGGCAGCUAAUGUAUUGUGACAAGACCAUGGUCAAUUCUAUGUUACCUGCUUCAUCAUUAUACAUUUUCACAAGUUAAUUUCGAAUUUGUGAUCGACAUGUGUUAUUGAUAAAGCAUUGUCUUGUAUUCUUGUUCA